AUGUCAAGCGUGUGCAGCGAAUCCGCGAGAACGCGCAACACCUGUUAUCAGCGAGACAUCCGUUAUGUCUUCAAGCUGAAUCAUUGGAUCCUCGGCUCGAUCGGCAUCUGGCCGAUCGCAAUUCGCGGCGCGUCCGAAAUCGCGAUCACGAUUUGGAAUAUCGCAUUGAGCUUCACGGUGGUACCCUGCGCUUUGUACAUCGUCUACGACGAGAAGGACAUCAUUGUCAGGCUGAAGAUAUUCGGCCUGCUGGCCUUCUGUCUCACCGCGAUGAUCAAGUAUUGCAUCCUCGCGAUACGUCGUCCUAAGAUACUGCGCUGCAUCGAAUACGUGAAGAGUGAUUGGUGGCAGGUGUCGUUCAGGUCCGACCGUGAAGUGAUGCUGAAGUACGCUGCCACCGGUCGCAAUCUGACGAUAAUCGGCGCAUCUUUAAUGUACACUCCUGGCAUCAUUUAUCACGCGAUUCCAUUGUGUUCCGAACCCAUAGUCGUCGACAACCAAACUCUCAGACCGUUCGUGUACCCGACUCACAGUGAAUUCCGCCGAUCCCAGAUUAGUCCGUUUUAUGAAAUGGUGUACGUAGCGCAUUGCAUGUGCGGAUAUACCAUAUACUCGAUAACAGCCGGUACGUGCGGACUUGCCGCCUUAUUCGCCACUCAUGCCUGCGGUCAAAUCCAAGUGAUUAUAUCGCGAUUGGAAAAUCUCGUAGAAGGUAAUAAGUUCGAGCAAACUUCGAACGUUCAUCAACGAAUUGUUGCAAUUGUGAAGAGCCACGUUCGAAUAGUCAGAUUUGCAGCUGCUGUAGAGGAGGUGUUGCAAGAAGUGUGCGUAGUGGAAUUUGCUAGUUCUGUAUGCACGAUAUGUUUGCUCGAGUACUAUUGCAUAGUGGAUUGGCAAGAUGAUAAUAAACUUAGUCUAGUGAAUUACUUUCUGCUUUUCAUUUCAUUUUGCUUCAACAUAUACAUAUUGUGUUACAUCGGCGACCUUCUUAUGGAAAAGAGCAGUCAAAUCGGAUCGAUAUGUUACAUGAUCAACUGGUAUCAAUUAUCACCAACGUUAGUUCGCAAUCUUACAUUGAUAGUAGCCAUCUCCUCCUAUCCUGUAAAGAUCACUGCUGGUAGAAUAGUGGAUUUAUCGUUGCCAACUUUCGGAAUUGUAUUAAAAACUAGCGUGGCGUACUUGAGCUUCCUACGUACGUUAGUAAUGUAA